UUUUCAAUACCAAGGUUCGCACUCAGAGUUGACAGCUCGGUUUGGGAGGAACUCUCGAUAAUAAACUAGCAUCUCAGUAAAAACUAAGAUCUCUGUUUCGUGGCAAAUAUAAACUAUUAAUUGACAUUGUGAAACGGAUUUGAGUUAGGGGCGACGAGUGAAUUAUGUUUGUGCGAUAGUGUCGUAAAUUGUGAACUUAUCAUUAACAACAUGGAAAGUCAGUAGGAACGGGACACUCUAUUACUGUUCUAAUCUCUCGGCCGAUCAACCGACAAUUAUGGCGAAGGCUUACACUUUGCUGGCCAUUAUCGUUAUAUUAGCAGCUUGCACCUGUGGCGUACGCACAGAAUGUCCCAAUCGCGUACAGAUAUCCGUGCUCACUGCUGUUCACGAUGAUCCUGCCUGCACGAAAGUAUCUACGAAGGGCGUACUUCUUUUCGAAGCGGCUAAAUUGUUAGCAGAUGCGCACAACAACAAAACCCACGGUUUCAAAUUUGAAACGACCGUUAUGGACACGUGCGGAAGUGUGAUCGGAGCUGUCAAGUCAGCAAUGAAAGCUCUCGUCUGGGCUGAUAUGAAUUGCCUCUAUCCCCCAUAUUUUUUAGGAAUAAUCGGACCUGAUUCCGCAACGAACGCUGAUGCGGUGCACAAGAUAACGUCCGUAUUAGGGAUACCGCAUAUCGUAAGAAAACCAUCGAACUCGCCGUACCUGCAUCACCUUGCCAAGGAAUCUGAUAACUUCAUAGCACAGGGCAUUUUGAAAGUGGUGGAGGCUCUCAAGUGGAAAUCCUUCACACUCGUUGCAGACGGCGACAACGAGGACGAUGUUCAAAACAUCGCUAAAAAAGUGACGAGCAGCGCGAUUGCCAGAGGGCUGUGCGUGAUGGUUCAUGACAAUGAAGAGGAAGAUUUGACCUCGCAAAUCGUGCACAUAGGCAAGCCGGUCGACGAUUUUUUUCGAACAGCUGUCAACUCUACGAUCCUUGUUGCGAGCGAAGGAAAUCUUGAGAAUUAUCUCAAUCGAAUAAACUCGUCCAACACCAUUAUCCUGCUGGAGGACGCGAGAAACGCGUACGAAGGCCUUGAAGAAAAAGUCGAAAAAUCCAGAUGGUGGAACGGUGACGAGGGUGUCGGUAAAUACGACGACGAGGAGCUCAGAGAGGUGAGAUGGCUUGAGAACGCCAUCAAAGUUUACUCCAAAGCUUUGGAUACUUUGUGUAAGAAGAAAAAGUGUAAAAACCAGCUGAAUUCUGCUGAUUGGAAUAAGGUCCUGGAUAGCAUAUUAACCGUGGUUAAUGCUGAUAUACAAUCAACGAGUAAAACGCUCGAUAUAGCGAUAAAAAAGAAAAGUGGAACUCUCGAGAAACUGGGGCAUGUGACCGUGAUGAAAAAUCAUGCUAAGAUACAAUGGAAAGGACAAUCGUCCUCGGAGGCCGACGACGACGAUGCAGCGAGCAGCAACAACGAUGAGGAUGACGACGACGCGGACGAUACUGGUUCACUGCCUGAAAUUUUCAAGCGGAUUCAGUCGAAAGAAAAAGAAAAACGUGCCGGAUGCGCGACGACGACUAAAGAGAUUAAAAUGCUCCACGCCGAGGAUGAUGACGAGGCUGCGAGGGUUUUGCUCACGGAAAUGGAUGAAAGCGAAUGGUGGACGAUGGUCGGAACCGUGAGCGGCGUUGGCGUCGCGAUGUUCGUUGUUGGUAUCCUGGCCGUCUACGUCGUGUACUCGAACAUUCGAGGUCCUCGCACGCCGAAAAGCAAAGGACGAAGCAUCGAAAGAGACACGAGCCUGAGGAGGGUCGGGAGCGAUCGAGAGCCACCAGUGGCAGCGAGAAACCAGAGAAACUCCCGCGCGCCACAGCGACGAGACAGCAACCGCAGCAUCAGAAGCACCAUGUCCGAUAAGAGCGUUUAAAAUCAUGCGCGAUUUACUGAAAUUCGUAAUCAGAAAAGUGAGAGAAAAAAUUCCAAAUUCAGCGGGGUUGAAACGCUAGGAAAAACUAGUUUUUUAUCGAUUAUUGUGCAAUAAUCGUAUCAAUGAGAACAAGCUGAUCGCUCCGUUUCAACCUUCGCGUUAACGAUUACGUGUCUGACGACAUAUUUCUCAAUUGUUGCUGUUUAAUUAACGUAAUAUAUGAAUAAGCUAAGAUAUAAUUGUGAAAUGAAAUAUUGCCGCCGAUGGAGUACAUCAUUUUUGACUAAUCGAGUUUUCGUAAGUAUAAUAAAUUGAAGAGUGUGGGACGAACAGUUAGAAAAUCAUUUUUUUCGUGGUAAAGGACGAGAGAAAUAUGAACAACAUAAUUUUGACACUUUGAUACGCCCCAACAGAUAGCUGAACAUUAUUUUUAUUUUAUGAACGUAUCGCUUUGGAUGGUCAGCCGAAUACUCAUGGAAGUCAUGACCAAUUAGGAGUGAACGUUGAAUUACAUUUUGAUAUAUUAUUUCGAGUCAGAAGGGUUUCGUUUUAGAUUAUUUGUUUCUAUUUUUUCGUUCGAUUUUACAAAAGUAAGAGAAGAAAAUAAUUUCAGUGAUUCACAGAGACGAGGUGUCACUUGGAUAAAGUGCUAAUGGUCCUUCGAAUGAUUUAGGAAAAAAUCGGGAAAAAAAUAUUCACUAUUGAGAGUUGAUUUUUAUUAGGCGUUAUGGUACCUAAAGUUCCAGAGGCCAGCUUCAUACAACAAUGACGUAUGUAUUCGUCGAAAAAAAAAAAAACAAGAACAAGAAAAAUAUUGUCAAGCGCGUGUACGUCGACGAAUAUAAAUAUGUAAAUAACGAUUUGUAGAGUAAAUAAAUGCAGCGAGGUGCUUGUCAA